AUGGCGACGACACGCGAGACUUUACCUAGCGAGAUCUUGAUGGCUGUUAUCGUUGGGAGUGCCAAUGAUUCCAGGAACAGCUCACUGGGCCUCCAUCCCCGGCAGAUGCCUACUCCCCAUGGAAUGAUUGACUUCCUGGAGAGGAUCACUAGCCCCUUGGUGUGUCUGGUUGGCACCGUGCUAAAUCUAAUGACCGUUGGGACCUUUCUGUCCCGGCCUUUGAAACGAAUCUCCUGCUGCCUCUACCUCGCCGCCAGAUCCCUGGCCGUGUUCGGGUUUCUGGUCAGCGUGCUGAUCGCCCUGACGCCACUGAUGAACACCGAGGGCAUCUGCGAGCUGACCGUGUUCCUGUCCUACAUCUGCCCGUUCAUGAGUGUCUGGAUGGUGGUCAUCAUUUCUGUGGAGAACUUCAUCAGGAUCAGCCACCCGGCCAGGUACGUACACACGGCAGUUGUAACC